AUGGAAAUUAAGAAGUUUGAUCAUCCGGUGUACCAGAAGCUUGCAGAUUACAAAGUAAUACUGUGCUCUACUUCUCCAAGGAGAAAAGACAUACUGGCACAACUAGGAUUCCAAUUUGAGAUUGCCCAAUCGCAUUUUGAGGAGAAUUUGGACAAGUCAAAGUAUUCCGUGGAUGAAUAUGUGAGGGAAACAGCAACAGGGAAGGCGAAAGCAGUGUGGAAUAAUUUGGAUAGGCGGACAAAAACAGGAAAAAUACUAUUGAUAGCAGGAGACACUGUAGUUGAAAGUGGAGGCAAGAUAUAUGAGAAGCCUCAGGAUUAUCAAAAGAACGUCGAAAUGCUCAAGGAGCUGCGAGAUUCAAAGAAUGCUGUGAAUGUGAGAUCUGGGGUUGUUCUUUUGCUUGGUGAUGAGAAGUUGCCGGAUGGAUAUCAAAUGGUUAGAUUCAACGAUAGGACUGUAGUGGAGAUGAAAAAUGAUGUUAGUGACGAGUUUAUUGAGCUGUACUGCAGAACAGGAGAAGGAUUACAGGUUGCUGGCGGAUUUAGGAUUCAGGGAUACGGGAUUAUGAUGAUGAAAGGUGUAAAAGGUGAUUUUUACAACGGAGUUGGUCUUCCGUCGACAAAAACGUUUGACGAGAUCUGCAAGUUGCUGGGUUGUGUGGUGUGA